GAAAAAGAAUUCAGCCGUUGCAACUUGCCAAAUAUACAGCGGGGACGAGAGAGAGAGAGCAGUGGAGUCAAUGCUCGAAAAUUUCAACCAGGCCCUAAGAUUCUUUUGAAUUUUACAGAAUUAGUUUGAGCUCUGUCUCGGUAAGUUAUCAGCUCUUUCUCUCUGCUAAUUAUUUUGCUUUUUCGUUUCUGGUUUUGAGUUGAAGAUGGAGAGAGAGCGAGAUAAUUCGGAUGAGUUGUCGGGGGAGAAAAAUAGGGAUAUCCCGCAUGAAAAAAACGAGUUUUUGGAAAAGGGUAUUGAUUUUCUUAGAGAAAAAUCGCAAGAUAAAGUUAAAUUGAUCGGUGGUUUCGAUGAAAAGGCUAAACGGGCCGGGAAUUUGGGGUCUCAGGAGCUAACUCUUAGCUAUCUUUGCGACAAUUCGAAACCGUUCUUUGAAAAGGAUGUUUCGUUGCUGAAUUCUUUUGAUAAAUUUAGUGGUAGGUAUAAGGGGAAAGAGAUAGUGGUAGCCGAGGAUCAAAAUGAAGAGGAAAAUAAUGUGUGGGUGGAAAGGGAUUUUCUUAAGUUGAACGAGAGCAGAGGGAAUUCGUCUAAAAGGGAGGCUGAUAAUGAUGCUGAGAAUAGGGAGAAGAAGCCAAAGGUUGAGUCUUUGAACCUAUCUUUGGCUCUUCCUGAUGUUUCCCUGUCGUUGGCCGGGUCGAACCGUGUUCAGAAUGGUGGGGAUCUCCCCUCUAGAUUAAGGCCUAGUAGGAGUCUUCAGUCUUUGGGGCCGUCGUAUAACAAUAAUACACAGACCACUUACUCGAAUGAUUUUACAGCAGCCUCGCUUUCCUACUCGUAUUCCCAUCCCCAUUCGCAUAAUCCUAGCUGCUCGCUUACUAGGAACUCGACUGAGAAUUAUGAUUAUUCGGCUGGAAGUCAUAGGAGGGACUGUGAUCAGAUCUGGAAUUGUGGGGAGGGAACUAAUGGUUCUGUCCACAGCCGUUUUAGACCGAUUGGAGAUGGUACUGUUGCAUUGUCCAAUCAUGGGGGUGGAGGAGGAGGGUUUGGGAUGGGUAAUCGCAAUGGCUUGAAUAAGGAUUCUGGUAACAAUAGUCUUUAUAGGACUGCGAGCUCUGAAAAUCUUUCCUUCUUCCCGUCUGAGCUGCCUGCAAGACCACGGACAGAUGGUCAGUCGGGUGAUUCGAGGAGAAGGAACAUGGAGAACUUGAGAGAUUCAGAAGAUAUAGAUGUGGUGAAAGUGCGUAAGCUUUCACGACCUGAGAGAAUACUUAGAGAGAUUGUUUCGGAGUCUGUUCCUGUCAUGGCUCAGGUAAUGCAGGAGCUCACUGAUGAAACAGUUGAAUCUGUUAAAGAGUACUUGAAGAAUGUCAUUGACAGCCCCGAAAGGAAAGAUGAAUUGGUGGGUCUUCAGAAGAGACUUGAGAGAAGAUCCGACCUUAGUACCAACGAGACUCUCUCAAAGUGCCAAAAGAGCCAACUUGAAGUUUUGGUCGCGAUUAAAAUGGGGCUGGGAAGCUUUUUACAUAGCAAGAACCGACUCCCAGUCUCUGAAUUAGUUGAUAUUUUCUUACUUGAAAGGUGCCGGAACAUAAACUGCAGGAGGUCGUUACCUGUUGAGGAUUGUGACUGCAAGAUUUGCUCGACGAAAAAGGGAUUUUGCAGUGAAUGCAUGUGUCCCGUAUGUUUAAAUUUCGAUUGUGCCAACAACACUUGCAGUUGGGUUGGCUGUGAUGCUUGUUCACACUGGUGUCAUGCGGCCUGCGGCAUUCAAAGAAAUCUCAUAAAGCCCGGUCCCUGCCUAAAAGGGUCUUCAGGGGCAACCGAGAUGCAAUUUCACUGCCUUGGUUGCGGCCAUGCUUCCGAGAUGUUUGGGUUCGUUAAGGAUGUCUUCCUGUCUUGUGCCAAGGAUUGGGGUCUAGAUACCCUCAUAAAAGAGCUCGACUGUGUCAGGAAGGUCUUUGGAGGAAGUGAAGACCGCAAAGGAAAGGAGUUGCAUGUAAAGGCUGAUGAGAUGAUCAGCAAACUUCGGAGCAAGAUCAUUACUCCUCCAGAAGUCUGCAAUUCUAUCUUCCAAUUUUUCAACUCUGCAGAUGCUUUCUUGGAGAUGGGCGGUUCGAGCAUGUCUUCAAAAGAUUUGACCGAACAACCCAGCUUUGCAAAAGAUGCUUCUACUCUUCCACUCUCCAAUACUCUCACUCCAAAGCCAUCUUUCUACAACAUGAACUCCUCGAGCGGACGACAGGAAUCGUCGCCCUUUCAUCCUUAUCACAACGACGUCAAAGUUCCUCUGAUGAGUGACAAGAUUGUGGAGGAUGAGUGGUCCGUCAAGCCCACGAAGAAGGAUGGUUUUGACAGCUUGGAGAGCCUCGUGCGGAUCAAGGAAGCCGAAGCCAGGAUGUUCCAGAGCCGUGCCGAUGAGGCGCGGACGGAGAUCGAGAGCUUCAGGCGGAUGGUGAGGCUCAAGACUGAGAAGCUGGAUGAGGAGUAUACCGAGAAGCUAGCGAAGCUGUGCCUGCAGGAGACGGAGGAGAGGCGGCGGAAGAAGCUCGACGAGCUCAAGAUGUUGGAGAACUCGCACUGCGAUUACUACAAGAUGAAGAUCAGAAUGCAGUCGGAGAUUUCUGGAUUGCUCAAAAGAAUGGAAGCAACGAAGCAACAGUUAGUGUAAUUAUUUUUCCUAAUAUUAAUUAGGCUCAGAAUUUGCGUAGAUGAUCUGUUUUCGAUUUUGGAAAAAGCCUUUCCAUGAUAUGUAGCUUACUUUGCCCCUUUUCUCAGAUUUUUGAAUUCUCUGUUUCAACUUAUGUAUUGUUUGUAUGAUUUCUAACACCAAAUUGUGUAAUGAUCAAGCAAUGGUGAGAGAAGUCUACUUUUCUUUAGGUAAAAUAUCAUUUAAUUCCUUGAA